AUGGCAGCUUCCUUAGAGCACGUUGAAUCAGUGACAGAAACUCCAGAAAAGGACAAAAAAGAAGCCCCUGAAACCACCGGAGACCCCGAAACGUCCGAUUCCGAGCCUUCCGGCUCGGAGCCAGAUCCGGUCACUAAUGAUGACGAAGACGAAGAUGAAGAUGGGGGCGAGCCGCCCGGACCGAGGAUCCGAGACACCCCCGUGGACCUCCGGCUGGAGGCGAUCGCCAACACGGUGGCUCUACACCCAAGCAGGGACGUGCUGGCGUGCGGGGACGUGGACGGGGACGUGUACGCCUUCUCGUACUCGUGCACGGAGGGCGAGAACCGGGAGCUGUGGUCGUCCGGACACCACCUGAAGUCGUGCCGCCAAGUGCGCUUCACAGCAGACGGAGAGAAGCUGUACAGCGUGUCCCGGGACAAGGCAGUGCACCAGCUGGACGUGGAGCGGGGGAAGCUGGUCACGCGGAUCCGGGGGGCGCACGGGGCCCCCAUCAAUAGCCUGCUGCUGGUGGACGAGAACAUCCUGGCGACCGGAGACGAUGGAGGCACCCUGAAGGUGUGGGACAUGAGGAAGGGGACGGCAAUCAUGGACCUGAAACAUCACGAGGAUUACAUCAGUGACAUCGCUGUGGACCAGGCCAAGAGGAUCCUGCUCACAGCCAGUGGCGACGGCACCAUGGGCGUCUUCAACAUCAAGAGGCGAAGGUUUGAGCUGCUGUCCGAGUACCAGAGUGGCGAUCUGACCUCAGUGGCGCUGAUGAAGCGUGGCAAGAAGGUGGUUUGCGGCUCCAGUGAGGGGACCAUCUACAUCUUCAACUGGAACGGCUUCGGAGCCACCAGUGACCGCUUCGCCCUCAAGGCCGAGUCAAUAGACCAAAUCCUCCCAAUCACAGACAACAUCAUGUGCACCGCCUCCACGGACGGGUACAUCCGAGCUGUCAACCUCCUUCCCAACCGGGUCAUCGGCUGCAUCGGGCAGCAUGUUGGUGAACCCAUUGAAGAGCUCGCCAAGUCUUGGGACUCGCGCUUCCUGGUCAGCUGUGCCCACGACCAGCUCAUCAAGUUCUGGGACAUUUCCAGUUUACCCAACGCGACAGUCAACGAAUACCGCAAGAGGAAGAAGAAAGAUGGUCGGAUGAAAUCACUCACCAAGAAGGCCCAUGGUGACAAUGACUUUUUCUCAGGACUUGUAGAGGAAACGGAGAAGAAAGAGGAAAAAGAAGAGGAGGAAGAGGAGGAGGAUGAUAGUGACAGUGACAGUGAUUGAAAAUACCAGUUUAGUCCUAAAGAAGUGAAUGGGCAUGUCUACCGUUUGGUCUAGCCUCGGAGUCUUUACAUCAGCAUGGAUCUCAGCAUUGUUAGACAGACUCUGACUGAGAAACAAACCACCACUGGUGACUUUGCAGUGGUUUCUUUUCCUCUUGAAACAUGCUGGGAUUAAAUGUGACUGUCCCAGAAGAGAAAAUGCUCUUUAAUAUCAGUGCUGGUUCUUUAGUGGCCGGUACUGCUUUUUGAAACUCAGUUUGAAGUGUUUGGGAUGCCUCAGAUCAGACAACGUGAAAUGUUGAAAAGAAGAACUUCAAAAUUGAGUAUUUUGGUGUCAGUACCAAAAGUUGGGUGUUGGAUCGACGAACAGUCCCCAAUCCCGUGUAACGCUAAGAUAAAAAAAAAAAAAAAAGACUUUGUUACAUUAUUAGCCCACAGAAUAUCCUGUAAAUUCUGGGUAAUUUUGCUGAAAAUGUAAUUGCGUUAAAUUACUUUCACUUAUUAAAAGUGUUGUUUAUA